GUGAUCCGAUCAUGCGAUUACACUGUAGACAUACAUUACAUCUACAGGACCGGUACCACCGGUACUGUACUGUAGACAUUGAGGACAGCCACGUAAGUAAGUGAGCUCAAUGCAAGUGCUGCUCAAGUACCGGUACCACCAACCCGCAAAAUACAGUAGCUCAAAUUAUUAUGUUCCGCUUGUUCGUGUUGCUCCGCUGGAAGUGCAUUUCCAUGAUGAGUGAAGGCAAAGCUAGCUAGGCAGUAGCUUGGCACAAGCGCACAAGCUACCUUUUAUCGAUGAAGUAAAACCACUCAACGUUACUAAACCAAAGCACACGCACUGCACACGCUGGAGCUUGAGUUUGCGGAUUAUUCCUCAUUGACAUACCAUUAUCAAAGUACCGGUACUGUAUCAGGCAGCUAAGUGAUUGCCCUGUCUGCACUGCAGUUAUUACAUGUACUUUGCUUGAAGAGGACUCUCUCUUCAAGAAGACGCUCUCGCUAUACGGUGGUACAUCUCCAGGUUGUCUGAUUGCUGUUGGACUUCCUCAAAACUAGUUGAACAUGUCUGAAGACCACAGGAGGACUGCGCAUGGACACGGCAAUGGCAAUGACAAUGGCCGCCACGAUCAUGAUGAGUUCAGCGACUGUGAUUGCAACACCAUUCCGCCCAGUGAGCUUGCCAGAAUGCUGCGUGAAGCAGAGAAGCAACGACAGCAAGAAGCGGGGCAAAGCUCUGCUACCCUCGGUGCUACCCUGCAUGCAAGCGGAGUGCCCCAAGCCCAAGGAGAAGAAGCAUUGGGUACUGCUGCAGAGAAAGAUACUGGAAGAACACAAGCAUGCGAUGCUGCAGCUGGGGCUGCCACAAUAAAUGACAGUGACGUUGAAGACCAAAGACAAGACGCCAAUGUUCUACUACAUGUAGCACACAGUGUAGGCAUGGUAGAGAACCCCCCAAGCAAUAAAGACGCCAAGGAACUAGAAAUGGUAGAUCAUUACAUGUAUCAUCAACGCCACAACGAGUACCCCUUACGAGGCGCACCUCGGCAAUUACCACAUUCCAAGGUCGAUGGUCAAGACGAUGAUGAUCAAAAACACGUGCCGACGCAGCUUCUCAAAGAAGACAUUAUGGACGCGAACAAAGCUUGGAUCUCGGACAUGGCAGCGCGAUGUUCCUCCGUGGUGGGGGCCAUUGCAGUCGACGGGAUCUCUACUAGUAUGACAGAUGACAACCUCUCCACCCAGGGGAGCAUUCAGAUUGGGGAUCGUGACGGCGACGGCGACGACUCAAGCGAGCAAGACAGCCUGAACAUGUGUACUAGCGCUGUCUCGUUCCACCCAAGAAGAGGAACUCGCCCCCAACGGGAGUAUGAUCCCGAGGCCCCGAGCGCUGAUCGCCAACGACCAACAGGCAUCGAUUCUCAGCUGGUGCAUGCUACCUUGGUUCCGGAAGGGGCUGACUCCAAUGAUAGACGGCACACGAACUUCCAGUCUGCCGUACCAGUUUCUUCUGCUACUGGAAACAACAGCAGGAGAAGCAAAGAGGACCGACAGGGCAUGAUGAUGGCCUUUUUUGAGUGCAAGCGAUGCUGGAUUUGGUUGGCCGUAUUGGUCGUUACAGCGGUAAUAGUGACAAUCAAUGUGAUGGCCGGCAAGGAAGCAAGCGGGAGAGAAUCCAGUGAGGGAUCCAAUCCGCAAGUAUUCUUUUCUGGCAGUGGAGGAAGCAAUCGUUCUGUUGAUACCUCCUUCAACAUGGGGGGCAUGCUCGACCCGUGCAAAGAUGCUGCUUUCUGUGAACACUUACCCGCUUCCACCCGACAACGCAUACAGGAGGGCCCCGCUGAUUCACCCCAAGUCCAAGCCUUGCAAUGGAUGACCCAAGAUCCACAUCUCGACGAAUAUCCCACUUGGCGUCAAAUACAGCGAUACGCUCUCGCAACUUUUUACUUUGCCACUCUAGGACCGCAGUGGACGGUGUCGAAUCAUUGGCUCUCCUAUGAUGUGUCCGAGUGCUCCUGGACUACAAAGAUGGACUUUGAAAGUCUGGUUAAUAUCACUGCAGACCAGGCCGUUCAAGGCAUGGUGCAACGAUUCCGAGAUAGUGGAGUACAUGCGGGUGGUAUCCAUUGGCAGGAUCUGAUACCCCAUGCCAGCGGACAUCAUCAUCGCCGUCAGUUACAAGAAGGGCAUCAACAUCAUCAUCACGAGACUCCUAUGCUCGCUGCCACGGGGCGCCACCACGACUUUCCUAAUCACACUGCUGCAGAGACGCACGAGGGAGGCAGCCUCGUGCAUCCAGCGAAUCACGUUACGAUGGAUGCUGUCCACCAUGAGAAUCUCGAAGGUGCGAGUGAACACCACCACCACGUGUCGGAGGAAGACCAUGUGCACUUACAGAACUACUGCGAUGAGAAUGGAGUUUAUCGACGCCUCUGGCCGUACCACAAUCACUUGCAGGGUACCCUACCACCGGAACUUUUUCUUCUCUCAAAGCUACAAGUUCUCGGUUUGUGCAGCAAUCCCGAGCUCGGGGGGCGACUGAACACGGAGCUGGGUUUGUUGUCGGACCUCCAGUUUUUCUUUGCAGAUUUUAACUCAUUCACUGGUAGAAUCCCGUCUGAGAUUGGCCUGCUAAGCUCACUACGGCUCUUGUCGAUGGAUAUUCAGCCACUGAUCACGGGGUCCUUGCCUUCUGAACUUGGAAAACUCACGAAUCUCUUCUACAUGAGUCUCUCCAAGUAUGAUAACCUUCGCGGUGUCUUGCCUUCGACACUUGGGCAGCUCUCUGAUAGCUUGCAGGUUUUGGAUUUCACCAGUACUUGCUUGACUGGAAGUCUCCCUUCGGAGCUUGGGUCUCUAUCGCGGCUCCAAAUUCUCCGGGUGACAUCUAAUCCGGUGACCGGAACAAUCCCUGUUGAGUAUGGGUCCUUGGGAGCUGGGCAGUUGAAACUUCUAAACUUGAGGCUCAAUUCGCUGACGGGUACGAUUCCACCCAGUCUCUCGAAGCUAUCAUCCAUGUUCUACCUUGCCUUGUGCGACAACGCUUUGGAGGGAACCAUUCCUCGAGAACUAUACUCUGGGCUUUCUCGUCUGGGCGAGCUGCACUUGGACAGCAACCUUUUAACAGGCACAAUCGCCACAGAGAUUGGUUUGCUGGGAAACAGUCUCCGAACUUUGAUUGUCAGCGAAACGGCAUUGACCGGGACGUUGCCAUUGGAACUCUCGAGGUUGCACUAUUUGGAGUAUCUAAACAUACGCAGCACGAACAUUCAAGGCACUCUAUCCCAUUCCUUUGUGUCAGGUUGGACACCCAAUUUAAAAGGUCUGGCCUUCUCCGACACAUUGAUUACGGGGACCAUCCCGUCUGACUUUUGCGCGCUUUCGGGUUUCUUGGACUUCACUUGUUCCAGUCAGCUCUGCGGUUGCUAUUGCGUUUGUCUCAUUUAGAUGCCCAACAUCAUUAAUUGAGACGUCCGCCCCAACACAAAAGUCGGUCGAAUAAACCAUUCUCUUACAUGGUGUCAGUUGCUUAUAAAACGGUCUUUUUGAGAAAAAGCAUGUGCAAAGUCAGCUAAUCUUGUUAAUUCUACUUUGGUAUGCAAAGAGCG